AUGCGGUCUUCCUUGGCGCCGGGCGUCUGGUUCCUCCGCGCCUUCUCCAGGGACAGCUGGUACCGAGGCUUCAUUCUGCUGAUUACCUUCUUAAUCUACACCUGUUAUCACAUGUCCAGGAAGCCCAUCAGUGUCGUCAAGAGCCGUCUGCACCGCAACUGCUCAGGGAUGAUCCAGCCCAUCAACGACACCCACAGCCUCAACGACACCACAUGGUGCAACUGGGCCCCAUUUGAUCAGAGCAACUACAAGGAGCUCCUGGGGGCAGUGGACAACGCCUUCCUCGUGGCCUACGCCGUCGGUAUGUUUAUCAGUGGCAUUUUUGGGGAGCGGCUCCCCCUCCGUUACUACCUUACAGCCGGAAUGCUGCUCAGCGGCCUUUUCACCUCGCUCCUCGGCCUGGGGUAUUUCUGGAACAUCCACGCGCUCUGGUACUUUGUUCUUAUCCAGAUCUGCAACGGACUCGUCCAGACCACGGGCUGGCCCUCCGUGGUGACCUGCGUGGGCAACUGGUUCGGGAAGGGGAAGCGGGGGCUCAUCAUGGGCAUCUGGAAUUCCCACACAUCCGUGGGCAACAUCCUGGGCUCCCUGAUCGCCGGCAUCUGGGUGGAUGAGCAGUGGGGCCUGUCCUUUGUGGUGCCCGGCGUCAUCACCGCCAUCAUGGGCCUCAUCACCUUCUUCUUCUUCAUUGAAUACCCAGAAGACGUGGGCUGCUCCCCACCUCAGCACCAUGGUGGGCUGGAAGAGAACGUGGACGACGCUGAGGACCCUGGCAGUGGGCCCCACUCUAACAGAGAGAACGGCCUGGAGUCUGCUGUCACCUCCUCCAAGGAGCCAAGCGCUCAGCCCGCUGCCAUCAGCUUCUUUGGGGCGCUCUGGAUCCCGGGUGUGGUCGAGUUCUCCUUGUGUCUGCUCUUUGCCAAGCUGGUCAGUUACACCUUCCUCUACUGGCUGCCCCUCUACAUCUUCAAUGUGGUUCACUUUAGUGCCAAGGAGUCUGGGGACCUGUCCACGCUCUUCGAUGUUGGUGGCAUCGUAGGCGGCAUCCUGGCGGGGCUCAUCUCUGACUACACCAAUGGCAGGGCCACCACCUGCUGCGUCAUGCUGAUCUUGGCUGCCCCCAUGAUGUUCCUGUACAACUACGUUGGCCAGAGCGGGAUCAGUAUCUCCAUAGUAAUGCUGCUUAUCUGUGGAGCCCUGGUCAACGGCCCUUAUGCCCUCAUCACCACUGCUGUCUCGGCUGACCUGGGCACGCACAAGAGCCUGAAGGGCAACGCGAAGGCGCUCUCCACCGUCACGGCCAUCAUCGACGGCACUGGAUCCAUAGGUGCGGCUCUGGGGCCUCUGCUGGCCGGGCUCAUUUCCCCCACAGGCUGGAACAACGUCUUCUACAUGCUCAUCACUGCCGACAUCCUGGCCUGCUUGCUCCUCUGCCGGCUGGUGUACAAAGAGAUCCUGGCCUGGAAGGCAUCCCUGAGUAGAGACAGAGGCUCUAGUGUGGCCCUAACCCACGCGCGGUAG